AUGACAUUUCUUCGUUACAUUGUCAUCAAGGAUGAGGUUAAGGUUGAUCCGGCAAAGAUUGAGGUAGUUAGGGAUUGUCCAAGGCCAAUGAGUUCUUCAAAAAUUACAUGUUUUCUUGGGUUGGCAAGGUAUUAUCGGCAUUUCAUAGAAGGGUUCUCAAUAAUUGCUACACCAUUGAAAGAGUUGACACGCAAGAACCUAAAGUUCGUAUGGUUAGAAAAAUGUGAGAACAAUUUCCAUGAGUUGAAGCGGCGAUCGAUCACUUCUCCGGUACUGAUUCUUCCUUCAGAUCAGGAAAAUUUUGUGGAAUAUUGCGAUGCAUUGAGACAAGGGUUAGGUUGUAUUCUUAUGCUGGAUGGGAAGGUCAUUGCCUAUCCAUCACAACAAUUAAAGGAGUAUGAACAAUGA